UUUUUUGUCCUUUUAUUUUUUUGGUAGGCAACAGAUGAAAACUCUAGAAGCAAGUUUUGUAACAGUUUAUCACAGCAUUUGUACAACAAAUCUUUCUUCCCCAAAAGGCAAAAAUUGCGAUGGUUUCCGUAAAAAACUCAAAAAAUAUACAGACAGAAAUGUUGUUCAGAAAUCUCUGAUGAACCUAAGUUUGCAGUGGGUCAUUCCCACUUACAGCCUGGAGCAGGAGGAAUGAAAGCCUAUAGCUUUAAUUGUGUUUCAGGGGUAAAAUUCCGUGUGUAACCCACCCCAUUUCUGACCACCCCACUCCUCACUGUGCCAUGUUUACUUUCGUCACCAUGGAGUAAACCACUGAAGAAACACAAACAAAGGAAAGCCCUUGAAGCUCUCACUCCAACCAGGGUUCUCAGCAAAGAGCCAGAGAACAGCACUUGUAAUCCUUCAGAUUUUCCUGGGAGAGGCUGUGUGGCUUCAGGUGGCACAAGAGGGUCUGUGUAACCUCCUCGUAGGUAACAAACAACUUCCAGCCAAGAUCUGAUUUUGCAGGGAAUGAGAGUUUUGAGCAAUUGUGUGUGCAGUGAAAUGCUGCUCAGCAGCAAGCAAACUGAAAGGAAUUAGCUUCAACAUUUUUGUUCUCUGGGUGGAAGAAACAAUCAGGAUGGCUUCUACAAGCAAAAGAAAUUCUGCAGUCACAAUUCAAAAUACAUUUUGCCCUGAAAGUGAUGUCUGCAAGCACGGAUUCUUCAUCAAAUCACCACCUCUUCAGCUUUUCAGCUCACAGAAUUCCUGGAAAAGGCGUCUUUUUGUCCUGUCCAAAUCCAGGAAGGGGAAUUACAUCCUGAAGUAUCUAAAAGGCCAACAUGUAAAAGGCUCCAUAGCUGUUGAUCAAAUCAUGAGUGUUGAAGUUGGCAUAAGUAAUGCUGAAAUUAUGGAAACAGUCAGGAAGAUGUUUAAAUGCCUUCCCGAGCAGGUGAUGUCCAUCAGCACUGGAAACAGAUGUUACUACCUCAUCGGGAACAGCAGGCAGGAAACAGACGACUGGGUCACUCUGAUAUCUUCCAUCUGCACGGAGGACAAAAGAGGUGGAUGCUGCCCUCAGAACCAAGAUCUUCCAAAUCCAGAAGUCAGAAGCCGGCCCUCCUCUUUGCCACUGUUCUCAAAUUCUAUAGAAAUGACCAGCUUUCCGGACAGGCAAAGCUACCAGAAGGAGAAUGGUUCCUCAGAAGACAAGAACAGGCCUUAUUCGGAUCCUGGCCCUCAUCAGGCUCAGUGUGACUCACCAAGAGGAGUUUUGCCAAGCCUGAAGGAAAAAAUUCUGGGAAGAAGUGAGGAAAAUCUGCUGUUGUCAGAUCCAGAGGAAAACAUCAAAAAGGAUGAAGAAGAUUAUUACCAAACUCCCAGCAGCGUUUUAGCAAAGUGCACUACUGAAGUGUCAAAACCUGACCCUACAGCUGAGUCUGAUGUCCCUGUGCAAGAGAAGCCAGUGCAGAACACUCCAGUAAAGGAGAACAUUUAUAUGUCAAUGAAAUCACUUAAGCUGCUGGAUGAGAGAUGCCAGCUCACGUGCAGACGUGAUGGGCUCCCAUCCCCUCCCAAAUGCCAGAACAACGGUGCAUGUCCAAGAGACUUGGAAGCAAACAGAGACACAAAAUUCCCAGAAGGCAGCACCAGCCUGCAGCCAACCCUUCAGAGAAGGCAAAACUCAUUACCCCUCUCAGUGGUUCACUUGUCUAUACUGCUCAGUCAAGUUACAGAUGAGAUGCAGCUGCAGAAAUUGGAUAUUUUCGUACCCCUGGCUGAUAUUAACAAUUACCUAAAACUUACUGAAGCAGCAGGACGAAUAUGCAUUUCACAGUGGACUGGUCCUCACAGACUGGGGUGUUUGUUUAACCACGGAGACCACGUGGUGGCUGUGAAUGAUCUGCAGCCCCAGGGUGUGGAGGAGGCUUACUUCUUCAUCAGCAGGUCUGCAAGAAAGGAGGUUAAACUUACUGUAUGUAGGAUUCCACAUUCAGAUAUCUUCCAUGCUAAAGGCUGCUCAUGUUCCUGAAAUAAAAAGACCUCAGUGAUUAAUGGUGUUCAAAGGCCUGUUUGUGCUGAAUUCUGCAUAAAUACAGAGGAAACUCCCAGUUCUGGAACUACAGAGGCUGAAAAUGGAAGAAACACAUUUCUUGGGAGCUCUUUUCCAAAGCUGCUAUGGGACUCCUUUGCUCUGCACAGCUGCUUUGAGCACAGCAAAUCCAUUUCUGCCUAAGGAGCCCCUGAGGGAUGGGGUGGAUGGCUGUCACUAUACAGGGCUUCUUCCAGCCCUGUAACUCUGUCAGUCUGCAAGGACAGUCCUCAUGGCCUGAAUCCUAAAAUCACAGAUCACCUACUUCAAGAGCAUCUACUUAGGACGUUGUCCUCAGCCUUUCCUGGCCAAGGUUUGCCUCAACUUUUCUUCUGAACUUUGGAAAAGGAAAGUCCAAAUUUUCCUAUGUUGUUCCAAGACUCAUCUCUCUGUAAAAUUAGGAAUUUUUUUUCUAGUAUUUAUCCUAGAAAUUUUUUUCAGAAAAUUAACACAAUUUUUUCUUGCCCUGUAUUCAGUGGGCAUAGGGAAUAUUUGGAUUGCCACUGUCUCCAGACAAAUCUUCAUUAUGGAAGGUAUUUUUUCUACCUGUUCUCUCUUCUCUUUUUCUUAGACCAAACACCCUGCAUUCUUCCAUCAUUUUUUCAAACAGUUCCUGAAAAUGAUCAUAUGGCACUUAACUGUGAGACAAAUACCUUGUGUUUCCAGUUAUGGAUGAACAAAGGAGGUGAGAAAUUGAAAUUCAAAUAAUUUCAUCAAAAAGAAAUUCAAAGCCAUGAAGCAAUUUCCUAGCAUUUCAUAGAGAAACAUUUCUCAAAAGAGGUGAAUUAGUGAAGAAGAUCUCGCAUGGUGGUGGGAGAAGAGCCACCUCCAUGGAAUCUGCUGCUGAAGCAGAUGUUGAGCACUGCAUGCUGCACCUCUCAGCCAUGGAAGAAUGUUACUUUUGGACAAAAACAGGAUUUGGUUAGAUAUAGUGUGUACAGAAUAAUUCCAGAAUAUUUUAGAAAACUGGGGGAUUACUUCCGUACUUCAGUAAACAGUUACAGAUCUGUUA